AUGGUCGACCUUCAAAGCUUGGUGCUUCCCAUCUUUCUGAUGAUGACAGCCACGAUAGCUCAAAACGUACGUUUACAUGUUCCUCUCCCAUUUAUAGACGAAAUUUUCCAUCUUCGCCAGAAUGCUGUUUACUGUGCCCAUCGAUUCACCGAAUGGGAUAAUAAGAUCACCACUCCCCCCGGCCUAUACCUUCUCGGUACCGCUUACUACCAUGUAUUGAAGGUGCUUGGUUUCAGUGAUCCUUGUGGGCCAACGGCUCUCCGCUCACUUAAUUUGCUAGGAGGGUCUGUAGUAUUCCCAAUUGUGCUCUCCUUGGUUCAUACCAACAAUUAUUGGCGCGUCAAUGUGGUAUCGUUGCCGUUAUUCUACACUUACCUUUUCCUAUACUACACGGAUGUGUGGUCCACUGUGCUAGUGGUUGCUGCGGUGUUGGUGGUAGUCAAAUAUCCGAACGGCAAAGGAGCUAUUCUCAGCAAUUUGAUCGGAUUUACGAGCUUGUGGUUCCGGCAAACCAACAUAGUUUGGGUAGCCUUUGCGAGUGUAAUUCUCAUAGACUUUAGAAGACAAAAAACUCUGUCUUUUUUUGCCGAUAUCAAGCUGUUUGUUACCCAAGCCUUUAAAGACUGGCUACUCUUGGUUCCUUAUGCGGUCAAUGGUGUGCUUUUCGUGGUGUUUGUCAAGUACAACGGAGGAAUUACCUUCGGUGAUAAAGAGAACCACCAAGUCUCGUUUCACUUAGCACAGGUGUUUUAUUGUGCUGCUUUUAUGGCCUUCUUCACGUUCCCUCUCUGGUUCUCCUACAAAACCAUCAAAAUCUAUUCACAAUUUGCCUUCACCUAUAGGUACGGCUUCAAUUCCGUGAUCACCGCUGUUUCAUAUGCCUUGAUCUACUAUAUCAUCAAGAACUACACGGUAGUGCAUCCGUUCCUUCUUGCUGAUAACAGACACUACACCUUCUAUAUUUAUCGGAAGAUUCUCAGCAGAAAGCACGCGGAAGUUUUGUUGGUUCCAGCGUACCAUUUCUGUUGCUGGCUAGUGGUGUUCAUUCUCAAAGACAGUCACAAAUCUGUAUUGAGCAUGAAAUCCACAGGAAUCAUCGCUUUCGUGGGAGCAAUAGCCAUCACUUUGAUUCCUUCUCCGUUGUUCGAGCCCAGAUACUACAUUGUUCCUUUGGUGUUAUUCCGCAUUUUCAUUCGGCCAAAGAGCGACACUGUCACUCGCAACCAUCUCUAUGAAUUCCUUUGGUACCUGUUCAUCAAUGCCGUUGUUUUCAUUGUGUUCUUCAGCUAUGAGUUCACCUGGCUCACAGAGCCCGGAUAUCAGCGCAUUAUCUGGUAA